UUUUAUUGCAGCAUCACACAGCCCGUCGACUGCUCGACAGGUAGUCGUUGCAUGUCGCCAUUUCUCUCAAACCACUCAUUCAGGCUGCGAAAAGAUUAUCAUUGAACGCACAGGUGGUUUGGAUUAGAGUUUUCGCUGUGACGCGAGAUCCAUUAUUUUCAUUCUGCUGAAUAAAUUUUGCGGUCAAAUUGUCGAGAACUGGAUUCUGAAACCAUGAGUGAUCAAGGACCCUUACCGGAAGUGGAGCUGUUAAUCAGAGCAUCCACGAUCGAUGGCCGGCGAAAAGGAGCCUGCUUGUUUUGUCAGGAAUACUUUAUGGAACUUUAUCUACUCGCAGAGCUUAAAACCAUCGCGUUGAAAGUGACUACUGUCGACAUGCUGAAACCUCCUGCUGAUUUCAGAAGCAAUUUUGAAGCGGCCCAUCCUCCGAUACUUAUCCAUGAUGGGAUUGUAAUUUCGGAAAACGACAAGAUCGAACGGCACAUUAUGAAAGAGAUUCCUGGAGGUCAUAACCUGUUCGUGCAAGACCGGGAAACCGAGGCGAAAAUCGAAAAUUUGUAUAAGAAGUUCAAGAUGUUUCUUUUGAACAAUACACCACAAGCCCAAAAUUCAUUGCUGACCUGCCUGAAAAACAUCGAUGCGCAUCUGGCUCAGAAAGGAUCAAGAUUUCUGACAGGCGAUUCCAUUUGCUGCUUCGACUGCGAAUUGAUGCCCCGUCUUCAGAAUAUCCGUAUUGCAGGGAAACACUUUUACGAUUUUGAGAUUCCUGGAGAAAUGCAGAACUUGUGGCGCUACAUGGAUACCAUGUAUCACUUGCCGGCAUUUUUGGAAUCUUGCCCUGCCGAUCAAGAUAUUAUUCAUCAUUACAAGCUGCAGUUGGGAUUGAAAAUGUCUAAGCAUGAAGAACUGGAGCUGCCUACAAUUACGAAGACUGUGCCAUCAUCAUCUGGGAAAGCCUAUGACAGUAACGGGAUGGGUGACUACCACAAGAAUGGCGGAUCGGUUGGUAGUUCGAUAACGAACGACGAUGACGAAUAACGCACGUCAUGGACAUUUGAACAAGGAGCUUCUUGAAAUAAUUUUGUCUAAUUAAUCUUUCCAUAUAUCCAUUUACCCAGAGAUGGCAUUCUGACUGCGGCGAAAUUGAGCCUUUCGGGAGUUUGCCGUUUUGGCUGCUGACUCUUAUUCUUGCUCGGGACUGUUUUUAUUUCUGUCGUUCAAGGUUCAAAAUAAUAAUAUUUGCUAUAGCGUAUUUUUGAUAAUAUUUAACUUUGCAGCGAGAAAUUGAGUAUUUUUUGACAUUCAUGAUGGUGAUCCGGAUUCAGAUUUUCAUUUCUUAUUUUUCCGCGAUCUUUUGUUUUGCUUUUUUAUUUAUGUGGAAAGAUGUAAUUAUGUGGCGGAAUGUGCGGCUAGUUUAUGGAUGCAGACUGCAGAGCUACGAAUUACUGUCAGAAUUAAAUGGCUUCCAGUUU